AUAAGAUAGUACAUAUAGAGGGAGACAGUAAAUAAAACCCCUAUCUGUCUCUUUAAUUUCGGCAAAAUUUUUUUAUCCGUACUCUUAUUAGAGGGUCUCCUAAUUACAGCGAGCGCCACAUGGCGAGUGACUGUAGUUACUUUUACAAAUAUAUAGCGUGCGUCCAGCGUUGGAUAGCUAUUGUAGCAAUAGAAUUAAAGUUGUCAACAUCGUGCGUCGUUGUUUCUGUACACGUUUUAAACUGCUGUGAAUACACGAUGAAAUUCUUGGUAUUUUUCAUUUUCGCUGUUCUCAUCGGCGUUCAUUGUUUCGACAAAUUGGACAGCGUGACUAUGGAGGAUGAAAACGAUCGUGAAGGUCGUUGGCUUUGGUCUCAACAAUAUCAAAAGCAGGAAUGUUAUGGGAAUAAUGAGGAGUUCGACUAUUGUUUCGCGGACCCAGUCUGUCAGAGAACAUGCAGGAAUAGAGAUUCCUUGCCGCCGCCCUGCGAGAUGUGCGUUCCAGGCUGCAUCUGCCAGAUAGGUUUCGUGCGGAACAGCGUUUUCGUGUGCGUCGUCGAAGCCGAUUGUGAUUAAAUUCAUUUCCCCAGAGAUCUCUAAUUCUACAAACUAUAAAACGCGAAAUACGAAAUCGGAUAAGUCACGGAGAACACAAGAAAAGAAGGGAGUAAAUGAGACACGUCGAGAUACUCGUAGUUUUAAUGUCAUCUCUGUUAUUGUAUGACAAAUAACUUUAUAUAACUUCGAAAAUUCUAUUUUUCAGAUAUUAUCUUAAUUUUUAUUAUAACUACUGCGGUUAUAAUUACUAUAAUAAUUUGUUAAAUUUUGUCGACAUUUGAGGGAAUAACUCUUAAAAUCGUUUUCAGUAAAAAUACUUACAUUAAUACAUGUUAUAUUUAGUUUAAAUGUUUAGUUAAUUAUUGCAUUCAUGUUCACUCUAUAUAAUAUGUAAUUAUUUAGUUCUCAAUUUAUUAACACGCGAGGACUCGAUUAAGAGGCUACACAUAUGUAAUUAGCAAGUGGCUUUUCAUUAUUCUUUGUUAUCGAAAGCGGACAACUGUUAUCUUCUUUUCUUUAUACAUUUAUUUUGUACAUUAGUAAAACGUUCGGAACUUAUAUUAAAACGAAAUCUUUUUCGGGAAAAA